AUGGCUGACUACGAGGACGACUACGACUACGAAAAUUACGGAGAUGAGGAUGAGGGCAUCACCCCCGAGGACUGCUGGACCGUCAUCUCCUCCUUCUUCGAAACCAAGGGCCUUGUCUCGCAGCAGACAGACUCCUUUGACGAGUUCACGCAGACGACGAUCCAGGAUCUCGUAAACGAAUACUCCACCAUCACCCUCGACCAGCCCAACCCGCCUUCGCCGCCCGGCCGGACAAUAGCCCUUCGUCGAUAUGAGAUCAAGUUUGGAAGUGUCAUGGUGUCACGUCCGACUAUCAGUGAGACUGACGGGACCGUGACCUCUCUGCUUCCGUACGAAUGCCGAGAUCGCAACUUGACGUACGCCAGUCCGCUCUAUAUUAAGAUUACCAAGAAGCUGUCGGCCGCCGUCGAGAGGGAGAUUCCGCUGCACGAGAUGGACGAUGCCCAGCAGGAGGAAUACGCGAGGACCGGCGAGGCCCCUACAAAGCUCGAGUGGGAGGAGGAGGAGGCUGGCGAUGACGACCACAAUGUGGGCAAGUCCGAUGACUGGAAGGAUAUGGUCUUUGUGGGCAAGCUGCCCAUCAUGGUCAAGUCCAAGAUCUGCCAUUUGAGCCGCGAAACCGACGACAGCCUGUUCCUCGUCAACGAGUGUCCCUACGAUCAGGGCGGCUACUUUGUCAUCAACGGCAGUGAAAAGGUCCUCAUCGCCCAGGAGAGAUCUGCCGCCAACAUUGUCCAAGUUUUCAAAAAGGCCCAGCCCAGUGCUUACACCUACACGGCCGAGAUCCGAAGCGCCCUCGAGAAGGGCUCGCGACUCAUCUCUAGCAUGAUGCUAAAGCUGUACGGCAAGGGAGAUUCUGCCCGCGGAGGCUUCGGUCAGACUAUUCACACGACCCUGCCCUUUGUCAAGUCGGAUCUUCCCGUCGCCAUUGUCUUCCGCGCCCUGGGUGUCGUUUCCGAUGAAGACAUUCUGAACCACAUUUGCUACGACCGAAACGACAGUCAGAUGCUGGAAAUGCUUCGGCCGUGCAUUGAGGAGGCGUUUUGUGUCCAGGACCGAGAGGUCGCCCUGGAUUUCAUCGGAAAGCGUGGUAACCGAGACCAAGCCGGCCUCGGCCGUGAGAAGCGUGUCCGUGUGGCCAAGGACAUCCUCCAAAAGGAGACACUGCCUCACAUCUCUCAGACGGAAGGUAGCGAGACCAGAAAGGCCUUCUUCUUGGGCUACAUGGUACAUAAGCUGCUGCAGUGCGCACUCGGAAGAAGAGAGCCCGACGAUCGUGACCACUUUGGAAAGAAGCGUCUGGAUCUGGCGGGUCCCUUGCUGGCCAAGCUGUUCCGUGGCAUCAUGCGAAGAAUGAACACGGAGCUGGCCAACUAUCUGAGACGGUGUGUGGAGGGCAACCGACACUUCAAUCUCGCGGUUGGUAUCAAGCCCGGCACGCUUUCCAACGGCUUGAAGUACUCGCUCGCCACUGGAAACUGGGGUGAUCAGAAGAAGGCCAUGAGCUCGACGGCAGGUGUGUCUCAGGUGCUCAACCGCUACACGUUUGCCUCGACCCUCUCGCAUUUGCGCCGCACCAACACGCCCAUCGGAAGAGACGGCAAGCUGGCGAAGCCUCGACAGCUUCACAACACCCAUUGGGGCCUGGUCUGCCCGGCCGAGACACCCGAAGGACAGGCUUGUGGUCUUGUCAAGAACCUGUCUCUGAUGUGUUACGUCAGUGUCGGCUCUCCGUCGGAGCCGUUGAUUGAGUUCAUGAUCAACAGAGGCAUGGAAGUCGUCGAGGAAUACGAGCCAUUGCGUUAUCCUCACGCUACCAAGAUCUUCGUCAACGGUGUCUGGGUGGGCGUUCACCAAGACCCCAAGCAUCUGGUUCAACAGGUUUUGGACACUCGUCGUAAAUCUUACCUGCAGUACGAGGUCUCUCUUGUCCGAGAAAUUCGAGACCAGGAGUUCAAAAUCUUCUCCGACGCCGGCCGCGUCAUGCGACCCGUCUUCACCGUCCAGCAAGAUGACGAAUCCGACAAUGGCAUUCCAAAGGGCCACUUGGUACUGACCAAAGAACUGGUUAAUAAGUUGGCUCAAGAGCAGGCCGAGCCUCCAGAAGACCCAAGCAUGAAGAUUGGUUGGGAGGGGCUCAUCAGGGCUGGUGCAGUCGAAUAUCUCGACGCCGAGGAAGAGGAGACGGCCAUGAUUUGCAUGACGCCCGAGGAUCUCGAACUGUAUCGUGCUCAGAAGGCGGGCGUCCAGAUGGAAGAGGAUGUUGGCGACGAUCCUAACAAGAGACUCAAGACGAAGACGAACCCAACAACGCACAUGUACACGCAUUGUGAGAUUCAUCCAAGCAUGAUCUUGGGCAUUUGUGCAAGCAUCAUUCCUUUCCCCGAUCACAACCAGUCCCCCCGUAACACAUACCAGUCUGCCAUGGGUAAACAAGCCAUGGGUUUCUUCCUCACCAACUAUUCCCGGCGCAUGGAUACCAUGGCCAACAUUCUCUACUACCCCCAGAAGCCGCUGGGCACGACCCGCUCUAUGGAGUUUUUGAAAUUCCGUGAGCUGCCGGCCGGACAAAACGCCAUUGUAGCCAUUGCUUGCUACUCUGGCUACAACCAGGAAGAUUCGGUCAUCAUGAAUCAGAGUAGUAUCGACAGAGGCCUCUUCCGAAGUCUCUUCUUCCGAUCCUACUCGGAUCAGGAGAAGAAGGUGGGCUUGAACUACACCGAAGUGUUUGAGAAGCCCUUCCACCAAAACACCCUCCGCAUGAAGCACGGCACAUACGACAAGCUGGACGAGGAUGGCAUCGUCGCUCCUGGUGUCCGAGUGUCCGGCGAGGACAUCAUCAUCGGCAAGACAGCGCCGAUUGACGCCGACACACAAGAUCUCGGCACCAGAACCACCAUGCACCAGAGGCGUGAUAUCUCCACGCCCCUGCGCAGCACCGAGAACGGCAUCGUGGACUCUGUCAUCGUGACGGUCAACGCGGACAAUGUCAAGUAUGUCAAGGUCCGCGUCCGCACGACCAAGAUUCCGCAGAUUGGUGACAAGUUUGCCUCUCGUCACGGACAGAAGGGCACUAUUGGUGUUACUUACCGACAAGAGGACAUGCCGUUCACCAGAGAGGGAAUCACGCCAGACAUCAUCAUCAACCCCCACGCCAUUCCAUCUCGUAUGACAAUCGCUCACUUGAUUGAGUGUCUCCUAAGCAAGGUCUCAACGCUGGAAGGCAUGGAGGGUGAUGCCACCCCCUUUACUGAUGUCACGGUCGACUCGGUCUCGGAGCUGCUGCGAAAGCACGGCUACCAGUCCCGAGGCUUCGAGAUCAUGUACAAUGGUCACACAGGGCGCAAGCUGAGGGCCCAGGUCUUCUUUGGACCGACAUACUACCAGCGACUCCGCCACAUGGUGGACGACAAGAUCCACGCCCGUGCCCGUGGUCCGGUGCAGAUCAUGACACGACAGCCGGUGGAGGGUCGUGCCCGAGACGGUGGUCUCCGAUUCGGAGAAAUGGAGCGUGAUUGCAUGAUUGCACACGGUGCCGCGUCUUUCCUCAAGGAGCGAUUGUUUGAGGUGUCUGACGCCUUCCGAGUCCAUAUUUGCGAGAUUUGUGGACUCAUGACGCCCAUUGCCAACCUUUCUAAACAAUCGUUCGAGUGCCGGCCGUGCAAGAACAAGACCAAGAUUGCGCAGAUUCACAUACCUUACGCUGCCAAGCUGUUGUUCCAGGAGCUCCAGUCGAUGAACAUUGCAGCUCGAAUGUUCACCGACCGGUCCGGCGCGUCUGUCAGGUAA